AUGCUUCCUCCAAUUCCUCGACCACAAGACUACGGCGUCUCCCCCGACAGAGGCUUUCUACCCUCGGUCUUACCGCUGCAAUGUCUUCCUCACCCGGUAUAUGAUCGCUGGGAGCGUAUUAUGAACAACUUCCAGUCCUUGUUGUUGUCCAAACGCCUGCGCACCGUCAUCGAUAAACUACCCAUCAUCCCCGCCGUCCAUCUCGAGUCCGAACCUGAGUGGCGUCGCGCAUACUGUAUCCUGACCUUUUUCGCCAAUGGUUAUAUUUGGGGAGGCGAAAAACCAUCAGAGCGAUUGCCACCAUCAAUCACCUAUCCUCUACUCCAAAUUUGUGAACACCUUGAGUUACCUCCAGUCCCCACCUAUGCCAGCGUCUGCCUGUGGAAUUUCAAGCCCAUUUUCCUUUCAGACGAUCUCAUCCUCGACAAUUUAUCUGCUCUACACACGUUCACUGGCUCCUUGGACGAACAAUGGUUUUAUCUGGUCAGCGUCGCCAUUGAAGCCAAAGCCGGGCCAUGCAUCCCACUCAUGCUAGAUGCCAUCCAGGCUGCACGGGACAAUGAUUUAGACACCGUUACAACAUGUUUGCAGUUAUUUGCUCAAACAUUGGAUGAAUUGGGCACUCUCCUCCUGAGGAUGUAUGAGAGUUGCGAUCCCCACGUCUUCUACCACCGCAUCCGCCCUUUCCUGGCUGGCAGCAAGAACAUGAAAGACGCUGGACUUCCACGAGGCGUUUUCUACGAUGAUGGCACUAAAAAUGCAUCAUGGCGCCAGUACGGUGGAGGCUCAAACGCCCAGAGCAGCUUAAUCCAAUUUUUCGACAUUGUUCUAGGCAUCGAACAUAGGCCGACAGGCACCAAAAUGGACGAUACUACUUCGGAAUCAGAAGCGGAGCCCGGAGCCGCCCCAAAACCGAGGCAUAGCUUCAUCCAUGAUAUGAGACAGUACAUGCCCGGACCACACCGCAGGUUUCUGCAAGCUGUCGAGGGAGUUGCGAACAUCCGAGAAUUCGUACAAGACAAUCACUCAAGGCGAGACUUGACCGUCGCCUAUGACGCCUGUCUUGCCAUGCUUCGCUCUCUGCGAGAUAAACACAUCCAAAUGGUUUCGAGAUACAUCAUUGUUAAGAGCAGAGAAUCCAGGAGUAUGAGCCGAACUCGCCAGGGAAGCAGCCAGGAGCCCGCAACGAGAAGAGGACAAGGAAUCGCCUCGAUCCAGUACCACCGACCCGAGCCAGAUACACAACGAAAGAAGAAAAUGCGGGGCACUGGAGGUACUGCCCUCAUCCCUUUCUUGAAACAGGCCAGGGACGAGACCGGCGAACCUGCCAUUGAUGAAUGGGCACGAAAGCUUCUGAUGGGGGGUCGACGCACGGAAGCAGAUCUUGAAAUUGCAACAGAAAGCCGCAUCAAUGCUGCCCAACUAGAUUCCGACGAACCUCAUAUUGUCGGCCUGGCAGGCUCUUGGAACAUGGAAGACAAUGCCGGAGGAUUAUGUUCCUAUUGA